AUGCAGAAAGUAAUUGUGUCCAGUCUGACUUCCGAGGUAGUGGAAGGUACUUUAGUGAAGCUGCAAGAUACAACAACCUCCCCAGGUUCACGUUUUAUGGACAAUAAAACCAGCUGCGGUGAACGCAUUUUGAACUAUGGAAAUAUUGAAAAAGUGCUUAUUGGAGGAGUAUUGGCCAUUAUAAUGUUUUUAACUAUUUGUGGGAAUUUAUUAUUAAUUAUAUCUUUAUGCAACGUCAAGAAAUUGAAACAACCCUCUAAUUAUCUAAUUGUGUCUUUGGCUAUUGCGGACUUAUCUGUGGCUGUGGCUGUGAUGCCCUUUGUUAGCAUCACCGAACUAAUAGGAGGACAGUGGAUCUUUGGUCGCGUUUUUUGUAAUAUUUUUAUCGCCAUGGACGUGAUGUGUUGUACAGCGUCAAUAAUAACUCUUUGUGUGAUAAGCAUAGACAGAUAUCUUGGCAUAACCAAGCCACUGACAUACCCGGUGAGACAGAAUGGGAGGUGCAUGGCGAAGGCAGUGCUGUAUGUGUGGCUCCUCUCUGCCUCUAUCACCCUGCCCCCUCUGUUUGGCUGGGCACAGAAUAUCAAUGAAGACAGCAUGUGUCUGAUCAGCCAGGAUCUGGCCUACACCAUCUACUCCACCGCUGUGGCCUUCUACAUCCCAAUGUUUGUCACGCUCACCAUGUACUACAGGAUUUACCGGGCCGCCAAGGUCAGCGUGGCCAGGCACACCAUCGCCGUCCCGCUCAAAGCCGAGGGCGACACGGCCCACGCCGGCACUGUGCUAGAGCUGCGGGGGGGGGUGGCGGAGUGCGUAAACCUCUCGCACCACCUGAGGAGCGACCGCAGGAACGGCUCCGCCGGCAGGCGACAGCAGAAGGCAGUGGCCACGCUGGGCGUGGUGGUGGGAGCCUUCACCGUGUGUUGGCUGCCCUUCUUCCUGCUGUCCACGGCGCGUCCUUUUGUCUGUGGCGGCUCAUGCAGUUGCGUGCCCCUGUGGCUGGAGAGGACCCUGCUGUGGCUGGGUUACGCCAACUCACUCGUCAACCCCUUCAUAAAUGCUUUCUUCAACAGGGACCUCAGGAUGACCUACAGGAGUAUCAUGUGCUGCCACUACCGAAACAUCAACCGCCGUCUGUCGGUGGCCAAUAUGCACGAGGCUCUGAAACUAGUAGACAGGCCAGAUGUGAUGAUGGAGGUUGAUUUUACACAGAAGGGUAGGACUAAUGUGACCAUGCCAGAGAUAUGAGGCUUUUUGACAAAGCGCUUAUUGCCCCAGAGUGGUUUUCUGAAAUGAUACAUUUUCU